CUCUCCUCCUCCUCUUCCUCCGCUCCUCCUCUCCUCCUCCUCCUCCGCUCCUCCUCCGCUCCUCCUCUGCGCUCCAUCACGUCCCGGGAGGAGAUGGGCCGCGCCCCGCUGUGAAGCACGCUCCGUCCUCCUGCUCGUCGCCUUCAUCGGGGGAUCCGCGGAGGGGCUCACCAUGAUGUCCUCUUACUACCACCCAGGGAAGGAGGCGGACAUGGCGGCCAUGACGGAGCCGCUGUGCCUGGAGAGAGAUGUGUGCCGGGUGAUCGAGCUGCUGGACCGGCUGCAGCGGACCGGAGAGCUGCCUCCUCCGAAGCUGCAGGCCCUCCAGCGCGUCCUGCAGAGCAAGUUCUGCGCCGCCAUCAGAGAGGUGUACGAGCAGCUCUACGACACUCUGGACAUCGUGGGAGGACCAGAGGUGCGAGCACAGGCCACGGCCAAGGCCACCGUGGCCGCCUUCGCAGCCAGCGAGGGCCACGCCCACCCCCGGGUGGUGGAGCUGCCCAAGACCGAGGAGGGCCUGGGCUUCAACAUCAUGGGCGGCAAAGAGCAGAACUCCCCCAUCUACAUCUCCAGAGUCAUCCCGGGAGGGGUGGCCGACCGCCAGGGGGGGCUGAAGAGGGGCGAUCAGCUCCUGUCGGUCAACGGAGUGAGCGUGGAGGGCGAGCACCACGAGAAGGCCGUGGAGCUGCUGAAGGCCGCGCAGGGCUCCGUCAAACUGGUGGUCCGCUACACCCCCAAGGUCCUGGAGGAGAUGGAGGCUCGCUUCGAGAAGAUGCGCAGCGCCAGGCGGCGGCAGCAGCACACCAGCUACUCGUCCCUGGAGUCCAGGGGCUAAGCGAUCCUCCACCCACCACAUGGUCCGGCUCCUCCUGACGCCCCGUCCCAGUGGGAGGAGAAAACGUAGACACAAGCAAAAAACCAAAGUAGCCUACCAACAGCUGUUACCUGAACUUCUUACAGUUUAGAGCCUCUUUCCCUCCUUCUUAGGAAGUAUUGCGAGUAAGCUUGUAUUGCCUGUAUUGCCUGUAAUCCCCCUCCCCUCCCCUGAGUGGAGUCGUCUCCACAUCUUAAAUAUUUAUUAUAAGGGCAAUAGUUUCUCUUUGGUGUGUGGCUUAGCUAGUCCUGCUCCUUUCUGGUGGUUUUCUCGGUUGGUUGUCGUUCUGGCGGAGCUGUAGACCUCAGUAGCAGAGUGAAGGUGUGGAAACCGCCUCCAUCCCCGUGUCGCCAUCUCAUCUCCCAGUGAAAAGGGAAAACUGGCAGUAUUCUGAAGAGCUACACUUGUACCACUGACUGGAAAAGACUGUCACCAGGGUUCAAGGUUCUUUUUUAACACUCGUGUAUUUGUGUAGUCAUCUCUUUGCAUACAUACCCAUAAAAUAAAGUCCAACUGUGUGGAAU